AUGAUCCUCAACGGUGUGGUCGCCCACAUGAAAUUGAAACGAGCAAUGUUAACGCCAUUGUUGAUCACUGUGAGAGAUUGCUAUGGUCCUAAAUGUAAAUGGGAUCCAGAAUUAGCCAAAGUGGCCCAGAAAUAUGCAAAUAAAUGCAUAUCUGACAAACAUAACCCUGAAAGACAGAAGAAAUCCAAGUUGAGUUGUGAUGAUAUAAAUGGCAUACUUGAUUACCAUAACGAAUGUAGAGAACUUGUGGCAGGGGGGAGAGCUAAAUUAAUAGAAGCAAGAGACACGUGGGUUCUUAAAUGGGAUCCAGAAUUAGCCAAAGUGGCCCAGAAAUAUGCAAAUAAAUGCAUAUCUGACAAACAUAACCCUGAAAGACUUUGUAUUAAGUUUUUCUAUUUUCAUUUAUUUUACCUCUGGUAUAUUGAAAAUGAAGCUAAUGGAACUGGAGAAAACAUUGCUUGGCAUGCCAAUUCGAGUCGCUUCUUCCAGGGCGAAAUAAAAGAAUUAUGUGAAACGUGGUACAAAGAAAUUGGAGAUUGGAAGCCAGCCGAAAUUAAUCCACAGUUUUCACACUUUACUCAGAGUACUAACACACGGAGAAAAAAGGCCAAUGAAGUAUUGCUUACACGAACUGGUCAAUCAAUAUCCCAUUAUAUGAAGGCACAGAGAUUAAGAUGGGAGAGGCAUGUAGCUCGUAGCAAUCCAUCUGGAAGCCUAACAAUGAAUGCCUCAAUAGAAGGCAAAAGACCACGUGGAAGGCCAUAA